GACAAACUACCGACGGACUGAGCGAUCCGAUCGCUAUCGCUAUUUGUGCUUAUGGUCUGUACCUGUAUUUGUAUAUGUACACGUUUGAAUCAAACUCAAUCUAAAUACUACAAUAUCUCUAAACCUUUCUAUUACAAUAAUUAGACCAUUGUAAAGUCGUUGUCAACGACGACUAUCGGCGUUCGUAUUGACAUGUGGCAGUGAAAUAUAGUAGUACUCUAGUUAAAAAUGUUUCGAAGUAAGAUAAGAAUACACACAUGCCGAAUAAUAUUACUUACAUCUCUGGUAUGGCUACUGGUUGAUGUUGCAUUGCUGGCGAUGUAUUCGGACUGCUUUGGCGACGGAUGCAAUAAGAAAACGUCUAGUGAAUAUGUAGAUAGGAGUAUAGGUGAGUAUGGUGGUAAAAAAGCAGCUAUUGCAGCAGCAAUACAGCAUCAAAUAAAUGAUGAUGACACAAAUCUCGAAGAGAAUGAAGUACAACAAGAAGUUGGGGAUGAUGGAUUGGUAUUGGCUCCAUAUUCAAAGUCCAGAUUGGCUAGGUGGGUGCCUGUUCCUCCAGUUAGACCAAAAUCUGAAGCCCCUGGAGAAAUGGGCAAAGCAGUAAACAUACCAAUUGAACAAGAGAAACUAAUGUUGGACAAAUUUCAAGAGAACCAGUUCAACUUGCUGGCCAGUGACAUGAUAUCUCUCAAUAGAUCUCUCACUGAUGUGAGAUUUGAAAAGUGUAAGGACAAACAGUAUCCGGAACUAUUACCAACGACCAGUGUGGUUAUAGUGUUCCACAAUGAGGCGUGGACGACGCUUAUUCGUACUAUAUGGAGCACAAUCAACCGUUCGCCGCGACCGUUGCUCAAAGAAAUCAUCUUAGUCGAUGACGCAAGUGAAAAAGAACAUCUUGGGAAGAAGUUGGAAGACUACAUAAAGACCCUGCCAGUUUCCACCAGGCUAUUCCGAACGGAAACUCGCUCUGGUCUUAUCCGGGCACGAUUGCUAGGUGCCAAGCACGUGAAAGGCGAUGUUAUUACGUUCCUUGACGCGCAUUGUGAAUGCACAGAGGGAUGGCUGGAGCCGCUGUUGGCUCGGAUCGUGGAGGACAGAACGACAGUAGUAUGUCCGAUCAUUGACGUUAUAUCUGACACUACGUUUGAGUACAUACAAGCAUCUGAUAUGACAUGGGGUGGUUUCAACUGGAAACUCAACUUUAGAUGGUAUCGAGUACCAGAACGUGAGAUGUCGCGGCGCGGUGGCGACCGCACUGCCCCGCUACGGACUCCCACUAUGGCGGGUGGUUUGUUCGCCAUCGAUCGUGACUACUUCUACAAAAUCGGCUCCUACGACGAGGGUAUGGACAUCUGGGGAGGAGAGAACCUCGAAAUGAGUUUCAGGGUGUGGCAGUGCGGCGGUCGCCUGGAGAUUAUCCCGUGCUCGCAUGUGGGCCACGUGUUCCGGGACAAAUCUCCGUACUCGUUCCCUGGCGGCGUACAGAACAUCGUACUCCACAACGCUGCCAGGGUCGCCGAAGUCUGGAUGGACGAGUGGGGCGAGUUCUAUUAUGCCAUGAACCCAGGUGCGCUCAAUGUGCCAGUCGGAGACGUUAGUGAGAGGAAGGCUCUGCGCGAGCGACUCAAGUGCAAGAGCUUCCGUUGGUAUCUGGAGAACAUAUACCCAGAGAGUCAGAUGCCGCUUGACUAUUACUAUUUAGGAGAGAUCCGCAAUGCGGAGACUUCAAAUUGUUUGGACACACUGGGCGGUAAGGCCGGCCAACCGCUCGGCAUGGGAUACUGCCAUGGAAUGGGCGGCAACCAGGUGUUUGCUUACACGAAACGCAAGCAAGUGAUGUCUGACGACAACUGCUUGGAUGCAGCGCACCCGCGCGGCCCCAUCAAACUGAUCCGGUGCCACGGAAUGAGGGGCAAUCAGGAGUGGACAUAUGACUCCAAGACGCGUACGAUAAAGCACACGAACACCGGCAUGUGCCUGGACAAGCCGGAGUCUACGGACGUGUGGAAGCCGGUGCUGCGCGCGUGCAACCGGUCGCGCGGGCAGCAGUGGCUCAUGCAGGUCGACUUCAAGUGGCAGGCGCGCCGCGCCGCCCGCGACCCGCCCAGCUAGUCGCCGCCGCCGCCGCGCGCGCCACGGAUUGACAACGAUAGACCAUAAAAGUCUUCCCCUCUCGUUAUAUAUCAGAUUUAUUCCUUAUUCUUGUGUAUAUCUGAAAUUUUAUAUCUAUUAGAAUUGUAUCGAGACACGAAAUCAUGUGAAUUGUUGACAAUACAAAAUAUGCUAAGUUGUAUUCCCUGUAAACAUUGCUCAAACUAGUAUUGUGUUGAGUAGAGUGAGUUUAAUUGCUAUUCAUUAGGUGUAUGGAGUUGAAAGAUUAUAUUGAAUUAUUUUUAAUUGCUAAAAGUUACAGGUAUUGAGUUGUGGUUGUUUAUUGAACAUUAUUGUUUGUAUAGAAUUAUAAUUUUUAUUUAUUUCCUUUCUGUAAAAUAUUGCUAUUCGAUAUACUUUUAUAUGAAAUUAAUAUCUUAAAUCUUUCCUCACACAAAUAGAAUAUAUAUAUAGAAAAAAGAGUUUUUAAUCUUUUAUAGAUACUCAGAAUAGGUGUUAAGUUGGCCUGGUGACGUUGUUUGGUGUUUGACUGCAAUUGUUAAAUAUAGUUUUCUUCUUCUAAUACUUCGCUCACUACAUUUUAAGAUACACAUUAUACACAAACAUCAAUAUACACGUAUUCCAGAAACGCCAACGCGGAAUGUAAAGACUCCUUGCAUUUUAUGUGAAGUUCAUGGUGCUAAUCUUUGCCACUAGGCUUAAAUACAUUUAUAUUUUAUUUUAAUGGUAACAAUUUAUCAAUCGGUUAGUAUAGCUAGAGGCACAUGUGCCAUGAACAUUUGCCAAACCGUCUUGCAUAUACUUAGCUUAGGAUAUUUAUAACACGACCCACAAAAUUGUAUGCGAUGUAAAAUUAUUUUUCAAUUUACAACUUUUAUUUAUUUGACUCUGUAGGUCGUGUCAAAAAUCCUAAGUUUGAUUUUUAGUCAAUAAAUAGAUUCGUAAGACAAUUUAUUACAUUUCAAAGACUUUCCAAUUAUUCUUCUUUUCUGUCUAAUGUGAGAGCAGUUUACACUGCGUUUAUAAUUUUAUAUAUAGCAGCUAUUAUUAUAAAUAACUCACAUCUACUACUAUUUCACUGCCAUGAAUAUACUGGAGUUUAUUUACAAUUUUUUUCUUUUUCAGUUAUAACUGAAAAGUUGUAGUUGAACGUCGAUUAUUUGAUUAACUUUUUUUUUAUACUUCACAUAGUACUCUUAUUUGCUGCGUUUUCAUUUUGCACAGAGUGUUUGCAUACACUUGGUAGGAAUUUCAAGUGUGAGAUUAUUAUAGCUAAGGGACUUUCAUGUUUUAUAUUGUUAUUGUUAAAUCUACAAUGAUUUAGAGAGAGUAUCUCAAUAGAGUUCUGUCACAAGCUUAGAUAAUUAGAAAUUGAAUUCUGUAGAUGUAACAAUAAUUUAUAUUUCCAUUAAAUAAUAUAACUGUUGCCUUAAUUAUUUUUAUGAGAUUUCGAAAUGAUAGGAAUAAAUGAUAAAAUUUUAGUGUAUAUGCUCUAUAUAGGAAGGGGCUUGGUGGAAUUGCCUUUAUAAUUUGUUCUAAUAGAGUUUCUACGAUAGUUGGUACAUCAGGCCCGUAACAACGAAGUAUAUAUUUCUUAGUAUAAAGUAUUGUUCCUUUUAUAUUUUAAUAAAAAUAUAAUAGCAAGGCGCUCGAUGGUGACUCAAACGAGGGCCGGGUUUAGUCCUCUCGAUGCCGAAUUAUUUAUGUAAAAAUACAUUUUAAAUAAUAGUAAUUUGGUUUUAAUUCGCUUAAAACAAUUUGAUAUAUUGAUGAAUAAAUUACAAUCAUAUCACUAAAUAAUGUAAAGUUGAUUAUAGGAUGUAUUGGCAUAUUGUUUUAAUUUGUUUAUGGUAUACAUCACAGAGUAGUUGUGUAAUAAAAAAGUUUAUGAGAUACAAGGUCUGUUUAUCUAUGAAGAUAUUUUGUAAAAUCUUUUAUGUGUUGUAAAACAAGUCCGAGUUUUUAUUGUGGUUAGCAAAGUUGACGCCAUAUUUUGUAGCGUCCACAGACCUCGGUAAAAUGUAGUUAUUUAGACAAAAGUGUAAUUAUUGUAAAUAAGCUAUUACAAUUAUAUAAUAUCGUUCAAUUGAUAACAGUAUUGUGUAUCUAGUGUCCGAUGUUAACAUCGAGAAUGCAUUUAUAAAACACUGGAAUCUCACUUCGUACUUUGAUGAACUUACCAGUCGGCAGUGCCAAAAGUCGCAAUUUUAUUUAAUAUGACAUUCACCAUUCCAAUAAACUAAAUUAUGAUGCGAGUUGAAAAUAAAUAUUGUUUGGACUGAA